AUGAAACGAUAUAAGAUAUUGAUAAAGAAUGUAAAUACUUUUAAAUGGAAGUCGUACGACGUGAAAAGAAUUUCAUCGACCUUAUUGAGUUCAAAGAAAAGCAAACCAUUUAAUAUUGAUUAUAUAGAAAAGGUGAAAAGAAAAAAUGGCUUAAAAGUUGGUUGUAAUAAGGUAUUUUUAAAAAAUAAAUAUAAUGGUGAGAAAUAUGAAAGAGAUAAGAAUAUAACUAAAUGGUGUGAGAAAUUAAAUGAAUAUGCUAAAAAUAAAGAAUAUGAUAUUUAUGAAAAUGAUUUAAAUUCGUGUUCAUCUAUAGCUGAGAAUUCUAUAGAAAUUUCUCAGUUGAUUAAUGUAAUUAGUAAGAACAAAAUUGUGAAUAAUAAUAUAAUGUUGAUUUAUAUAAAAUUAAUUGAUAAAUGUUUAAAAAUAUUUAGUAACAUUCCUGUGAGAAGUAUAAGUUUAAUUCUGAAUAGUAUGGUUAAAUUAAAUUAUUAUCAUACUAAUUUUAUUGAUUUGUUUUUUAAAAAUAUAAACCAUAUAAUAGAUAAAAGUAAUCCAAUUGAUCUGAGCCUUUUAUAUCAUUUUUACGUGAACUGUUCAGGUGAUUAUUUUGAAUAUAUAAAUGAUAAUAAAAAUGAUAUAUAUUUAAAUUUGUUUUUAAAUAAAAUACUCAGUGAUAUAUCGCUUUUACAAAUACAAGCAAUUUCUUGUAUUUUAAGAUGUAAUAAAAAAAUAAUAAAAAGAAGAAAUUGGGAAGAUGCAUAUUUUAAAAAUGAUGGUGUCUUGGAAGAAAACUACCUGAACGUUCAGGUAAAUGAAAAAAAUAAAAGGAAUGAUUAUAUUAAAGUAUAUGAAGAGAAAGAAAUAGAAAAGAAAAGGAUAAACGAAAGUGGAUAUAAAAGAAGUAUAAAUGAUGAUGAUGAUGAUGAAAUAUAUUAUAAUAGAUUAUCUAUUAAGAAGGAAAAAAGUGAAAAGUUGGAGAAUAAUAUAAAUUUUUUACAAUGUGAUAAUAUAGAAUUAAUAAAAAAAGUAAAUAAGAUAUUAAAAGAGCAUGUGUAUUUUAAGAUAUCAUCUGGUAAUAUUCAACAAUUGUGUAAUAUUUUAGAAGAUUUAGAAUAUUUUAAUUUAAUUGAUGAUGAUUAUAAUUUUUAUUAUGACAUUUUAAAUAUAUUGAAAAGUCGAUGUAAUUUAUCUGAAUUAAAGAAUAUUGAUUAUAUAAAUAUAUUAAAUAUAAUAAAAACUCGAAAUAUGAAAUAUAAUAAUUUUCUUCCUAUAUCGAAUUUUUCAUUUUUAUUUGAAAAAAUAAAAGAUUUAAAUUUUGAUUUCUUUACAUGUGAUCAUUUAUGUGAGUUAAUAAAAAUAUUAUGUUAUUUUAAAAAAUGUUAUCAUUUAAAUAUGUGUAUAAAUAAAUUAGAGGCUUGUUUAGAAAAAAAAAAUUUGAAUGAAAUAUAUUCAACAUCAACAAUGAUAUAUUUAUUAUAUGAUUUUUCUCAUAUAAAUAGAAAUGAUAUGAUUAUACAUUCAUUAUGUAAAAAAAUAUAUAUAUCAAUAAUUAACAAAAUAAAUAACAGUUUGGAAGAUGAAAAAGUAAAUGAUUUAAAAUAUGUAGAGACUGAAAAAAAUAUCAACAUAAAUAAUAAGAACUAUAUGUAUAAAACUCAAUUUAACAUAUGUUUAAAAGAAUAUAUAUUAUUAGUAAAAUCAUUGGAUAAAUUAUUAGAUAAAAAAAUAAUAACACCUAUAUGUAUAGAUGAGAAAAAACUGAAUUCGAUUUUUUUUGAUAUUACAAAUAAAAUAAGUGAUGAUCCAUCACCAAUUUCUUUUAAGCGUAGAUAUAAAAAUGAUGACUAUUAUGAUUAUGAAAUGUGUUUAUAUUUAUAUCAAAUAUUAUUAUUGGGUAAAUUAAAAUCUAGAAACUAUGUUCUUUUUUUAAGUUGUUUAAAUAACGUUUUGGCUUUAUCAAUUCAUUUUAAUAUAAAAAAUGUGGUCUUAUGUUUGAAAAUAUUAUAUCAUUGUACACAUUUUAUAACAAAAGAUAGAUAUUUAAUAUUUGAAAAUACCUUAAAUUAUUUUUCACAUUUGAUAUUAUCUAAUGAUUUUAAUGUUUUGGAAAGAGAAAAAACCAUGAUGAAUAAUAUAAAAAAUAAUUUUAUAAAAAUUAAUAAAAAUAAUAUGAAUUAUGUAGAAGAAGAUCAUAAUGACAAUAUAGAUAUUUUAAAUAAUCUAUAUAACAACAUAAAUAGAAUAAUUGAUAAUAAUAAUAAAUAUUAUAUGUAUAUAAAUAAAAAUAAGGAGAAUCAUUAUCUUAAUGAUAAUAUUAUGACUAAAAAUAAUAAUAACGAAAUAGCUACAAUAUAUUCUAAUUUUAAUUAUACAAAGAUAACUUGUAUAGAUUGUUGUAAUAUUUUAUAUUAUUUAAAAAAAAUGAAUUAUGUAAAUAAGGAUUUAAUAAAUAUAAUAUUAAAAAAUGUAUACAUAAAUAUAAGUAGUUUAAAAAAGCAAAAAUAUAUACUUCGAAUGAUUAAUGGGUUAAGUAUUAUAAAAAAUAUAGACAAAGAAUUUAAGGAUUUUAAUUGUAUUAUUAAAAAAAUUAUGUUUCACUUUUUUUCUAUUCAGCAAGAAUAUAAUAAUAAUAAUAUGAGUGAAUCUGUAAAAUUAGAAGAAAGUAUUAAAUUAUUUUAUUUAUUAAGUAAAUUGGAUAUGAGUAAGAAAUAUAAAAAUGAUUUGAUAACAAAAUAUAUAUUGUUACCUUUGGAAAAUAUAUUAGAAAAGAAGAAAACGACUAUUAAUAAUAUUAUAUUAUUAUUAUAUGGGUUAAAAAAUAUGUAUCCAUAUAGAUACAUAAGUUUGAUAUCAUACGUCUUACAUUAUAUAGAUGAUUAUCAGACAAGAAUGUAUAAUAUUAAUGGUGAUAAUAUUAAUGGUGAUAAUAUUAAUAGUGAUAAUAUUAAUAGUGAUAAUAUUAACAGUGAUAAUAUUAAUGGUGAUAAUAUUAACAGUGAUAAUAUUAAUAAUUAUCAUAAUAAUAAAGAUGAUGCAUUAUAUUCUUUGCCCUUUUUAAAAGCCUAUUUUUCAUCUAUACCACAUUUUAUAAAUAGUUGGAUAGAUAAUAGAUGGAGUAAAAUAAACCAAGUAUAUAUUCGUACUAGCCAAAAAUUGUUUCAAAACUUUUAUGAACAAAUAUUUUUAGAAAAAAAAAUGAAAAAUGAAGAUAUGAUUUGUAUGUUAAUAGAUUAUAUAAAUUUAUCUUUACCUUAUAUGGAAAAAUAUCUUGAUGUAAUUCAUUACAUUAUAGAUAUGCACAAGGUGUUGAUAAAUAAAGAUGAAUUUAUAACCUUUUUAUUAAGUUGGAAGAUAUAUAUAUAUAAUAAUAAUAAUGAUAAUAUUAGUUAUGAUGAAAAACAGAAAUUAGGAUAUAAGAUUGAGGAGUGUUUAAAUAUAUUAUAUAAGAAUGAUAAGAAUUAUAAUCAUAAUGAUUUUAUAUCAUUAAAUAAUUCUUUAGAGAAGUGUAACAAAAAAAAUGAUGCUCACACGGAUGAUAAUGAUGAUAAUGAAAAUAUUUGCAUAAAUAAAAAAUCAGUAUACGAUUUUAGUUUCAAUAAAAAGAAAAUAAUUUUUCUAGAUACAGAUGAAGAUAAUGAAAAAGAUAUUAUAUGUAAAGAAUAUAAUUAUAUCGAUAUAAAUAAAUUAUAUGAAAAUAAGUUCAACAAGAAAAUAAAUAAUAAUAUAAAUGAAAAGAAGAAAUUACAAUUAUGUAUACAAAAAGAAGACAAUGAAAAAAAUAAAACAUUUAAAAAUAAUAACAAAAAUAAAAACAUUUUAAACGAAUUUGAAAUAAUUUUAAAUAAAUAUUCAUAUUGUCAAAAUAAUCAAAAUGAUAAAAUUGAAAUUUUAAAAAAUGUAAAACUUUAUUCCUUUCAUAUAAAUUUUUUGGAUAAAAAAAAAAAAAUUAUAUUUGAAUUUUUAGAUGAAGAUGCUUAUUUUAAGGAACCUGAUAAUUCAUCUAUAGAUUUAUUACCAUCUGUUAAUUUAAAAUUAACAUUAUUAAAAAAAUUAAAUUUUAAAAUAAUCACAAUACCAUUUUAUGAAUGGAAUAAAUGUUAUGGACGCUUAGAAAAAGUGAAAUCCAUUUAUCAAAAAUUAUUAAACGUUACAAAUCCUCAAAAUGUAGAGGAGCAAUAUCAAAAUUAUAAGAGUGACGAUAUAUUUUCUUCUAUAGGACGUUAUGAAAUAACUAAAAAGAAAUAA